GUGGGUGUUUCAAACUUUUUUUACGCUUUUAGAUAUUAUUCAUAUAUAGUUUAUAAACUUUUUGUUUGUUUUUCUCUGUCAUGGCCAUUUGUGGCUUAUUGAAUCUAAUACAAACAGGUAUUUUUUAAAAAAAUACCCAAGAAGAAAUUUGUUUGCGGUCGUGUUCAACACCCGAGCUCAUUUACCGAAAGGACCUGCUAGCCAACAAUGCUAUUAGCUUCGACAGUGUCUGAGUUUAGGGAAAACCUUACGUAUCGGUGAUUUUUCUUCUGCUAUGCUGACUCCAAGAUGCCUACUUGAAGAAGAAAAGCCCCACCAAGGCGUGCCGCUAAAGAAAUAUUUUGACGUUGAGCGUGAUUGAAUCGUCACAGCAAAAGCAUCAUUUUUUACAACGACAACAAUUACCUCAUUGCAGACAACAUCACCGCUUUGAUCUACAUCCUUGCACGGGUAUGCCUAAUGCCAGCGCAAGGCCAAAACACAGUGGCAGGAGAUCUCACAGACGACACCGAGAGGACCCGGCUCGGAACCAACUGGUGUCCAGCUCCCUGGAAAGCGCCCAGCAGUGCCUCUUCAAUCAGGACUAUGGGCCCGCAUUCGUGCACUAUCUCCUCGUCCUUAACCUGGCACCCGAGUUCAAGGACUUUGCCAAGGAGUCCUUCCGCUUCACACUCUUUAAAUGGGCCGAAGAACUGGACUCGGCCGGCCGCAUUCAGGACCUUUUCGGCUGCUACGAGCAAGCCCUGGAGCUCUUUCCCGCAGACGAGGUCAUUCUGAACAGCGUGGGCGAGCACCUCUUCAGAAUGGGCUUCCGAGAUGAAGCGGCGGGCCAUUUUUUCAAAGCCCUGAAGCUGAAGCCGGACUACGCGGAAGCCAGGGAGAACUUCUACCGUGUGGCCAACUGGCUGGUGGAGCGCUGGCACUUCCUCAUGCUCAACGACCACGGGCGCAAUCGCAAGUAUCAGCAGGCCAUCCAAAAGGCGGUGCGUGACGGAUGCGCCACCGUACUGGACAUAGGUACCGGCACUGGGAUCCUUGGCAUGUGCGCUAAGAAGGCGGGAGCUGCCGAGGUGUACGCCUGCGAGCUUUCCAAGACGAUGUACGAGCUGGCUUGUGAGGUGGUGGCGGCCAACGGGAUGGACGGCGGCAUCAAGAUCCUCCACAAGAAGUCUUUGGAAAUGGAAGUGCCAACGGACAUCCCACACAGGGUGUCGCUGGUGGUGACGGAGACUGUAGACGCCGGCUUGUUCGGAGAAGGUAUCAUCGAGAGCCUCAUCCAUGCUUGGCACCACCUUCUACUGCCUCCGCGGAAGGGGGACUCCAGGGACUCCUCGGCGACCGGUCGCGUCAUCCCUGCCGGCGCCACCGUUUACGCCAUGGCUGUGGAAUGCCUGGAGAUCCGGCGGCAUAACAAACUCUGCGUGUCGGAGGUGGGCGGUCUGUCCAUGGCGGCGGCCGAGCAGCUGCGUAGUCCGGUAAGCUGCAGCGCCGAAGCGGACGACUCCAUGGAGCCGUAUACCACCGAGCGACUCAGCAGGCUGCCCGGAGGAUACGCGGCACUCACCGAGCCGCUUACCGUGCUCCGCAUUGACUUUAACAACGUAGAGGAGUUGGAGGGUCUGAGCUCCAGGCCUGUGCAGCGGUUGCGGGUGCCGGUGGUGAGAGACGGCGAGCUGGAUGCUCUAGCCGUCUGGUUUCAACUGCAUUUGGACGAAGAGAGCAGCUUGUCCACGGGACCGCACGAGGACACUUGCUGGGAGCAGGCCAUCUACCCAGAACAUGCCAGCAAAGGAUUUGUGCUAAAAAGGGGCGACGAGCUUCUGGUGGACGUGUCGUGCCGGGACGCUUAUCUUCGACUACGCAGCGUCGCCGUCCUGCGAUCCGGUCGCGAACUCCGCCUGGACGCGUCCACGGACCCCCGCGACCCGGAAGCGGAGCUGUGCAGCGCCCUGGCGUCGCUCCAAACGCGCCCGGACGUCUGCGUGCUAGAGUGCUCGGAAAUGGCGCUCUUGAACAAUGGCGACUACCACCAUAGUUUCGCCGCCGCCUUGUCCAAACUACUGACCCGGUUGAAGGCGGAACCAGAGCAGUCCUCGGACCCGCUGUACAUUCUGGACGUGUCGGAGGGCUUCUCUCUGCUCUCCCUCAUGGCGGCCAGCCACGGCGGCGUCAAAGCUUACAGUUCGGUAGAGAAGCGCAAGCAACAGGAGGUGUUGGAGCGGUUGGCGCGUGCUAACGGCGUGCCGGACGGCAGCUUGGAGUUCUGGCUCAAUAACGGCGAGGACGAACAGGGGGCGCUGCAGAGACCCUCGCGGGAGAAGCUGUGGAGCGCCAUUUUCCUCGACUGCGUGGAGACGUGCGGGCUCGUCCGGCAGAAGCUGAUGGAGAAGGCGUCGCUAGCCAGGUGCCUUCUGGAGCACGGCGGUCGCAUCUUCCCUCAAAAAAUGGCCGUAUUGGGCACGCUGGUGGAGUCGGACACGCUGCUGCUGGAAAGCGCCGUCCAGGGCCGCGACGCCACACUCGGCUUCAACAUCGCGCCGUUCAUUAACCAGUUCACCGUUCCCGUACACGUGUUUCUUGAUUUCUCCACGCUAGCGUGUCGACAUCUAAGUGAGCCGAAUGAACUUUUCGUUCUGGAUCUUAUGGACGCUAAAGCCAACUACGACCAUAGGGAGGUCCAGGUCGUAACAACGGCGCCGGGCAGAAUCACGGCCGUGCCCUUUUGGUACGACAUCCAUCUGGACGAGGAAGUUCGCGUCAGCACGCUAGCCCCCGACUCACACUGGAAACAAGCCGCGGUUGUCCUGCAGCGCCCCCUGGAGGUGACGGCCGGGGAGCGGGUCCGGCUUUCGGUCAAGAUCCGAAACAGCAGCAUCUCAAUAGAGGUACGGAAAGACCCGUGAUGGACUGGAGGGAGCAUUUUGGAGCGCGAGGAUGCCGUUUCAUGUCUUUUGUCUUAAAAUAGCAGCAGAAAGACAGAAUUUUAUGAAAGACAACUAGAAUGAUUGUUUUAUUAGGAAUAAAGCAACACUUGUUCUGAUGUUAUGUUGUCAGUUUUAUUGGAAAAAAUAAAGAUGUGAAAGGCAUAUGGAGUAUUUAGCUCCGCACUGAAAGUGGACGUACAAGUAGUUUUGCUAAACAUAAUCGAUAAACCUGAUGUAAACAAUUAGAAACAUGCAUUUUACAGAUAUGCUAACUGAAUUUGUGACCCAAUAUAUCAAAUAUUAUUCAAAUAGUCUCUGGUUUUCAGAGAAUUAAGAUUUUCGGUCAUUUAUUUAAUAGUUUUUUUGAUGAAUUAUUCAACAAAAAUGGCAAUUUCGAUAAAUAAUCCUCACUUUUAAAGGGAAUAUUUAUACUAUUGGUCAAAGCAUUUCCAAAAUUAUGAGUUAUUCUUUUCAGUGUGGCCCUAAAAUCCUUCUUUAUAGCAACCAAUGUGUUUCCCUGCAAAUCAUUAACAAAUGAGGCUAAAUGGCUAAGGCGCUAACGCUUAAACUCGGCGAAUGCUCGUGUUGCAACUAGGGGUGUGACGAUAUAUCGCAAUACUUUGUAGCCCAAUAGGUUACUAGUAUGCUCCCGCCAAGAAUCGAUUUAUCGUUUUACACUAGUAUCUACAGGGGUUGGGAAAAAAAAUGGAAAUGCCUUAAAAAAAACAUAUUUAAUAUGGUGUACGUCUGCUUUUUGUGGCAAUUACAGCCUAAAUUCUCAAAACUCUUUUAGAGACGAUGGCAAUGUCUUGAGUCUCUAAAACUGACCAUAAAUGCUCAAUACUGUUUAGGUCUGAGGAUUCUGCCAAUCAUACAAGAUGCUCAACCGCUUUAAAAGGUUCCUCAUGCCAUUGUUCAACAAUUAGGUGUUGCCAAAACGUGAGGCGUUUCCAUUAUUUUGUCCAACCCCUGCAUGUCAGGAGUAUCCAAGUCCUGUCCUCAAGGCCAUCACUGCUCCCCUAGGGGAGACAAUCAACCUCUGCUGCCACCUGCUGUCGUCCAGCAUGCCUCCUAGCAUGCAUUGCAGCAACAGAUGUAAAUAAUCAAAAUUCAUGUUCUGUGCUAAAUUCUUCAGUUACUGCUCUAGUUGUUUCACUAAUUACUCGUUAUGGUAUUUGGUCACACUUUAUUUGACAGUAGCGCAAUAAAACUGUCAUAAGACUGUCAUAACAAUGUCAUGAGCAUGAAUGACUGCUUAUAGCAGAUGUUAUUUAAUGUCAUCUGACAAAUUACAGUUGUGGUCAAAAGUUUACAUACACUUGUGAAGAAUAUGAUGUCAUGGCUC